AUGAAUAGAAACGAAAGCAAAUCAGUUUACGUCACCACCCAGCCUGGUCUACAGAACAGCGCUGUCAGCUCUAUGAUCGCAGACGUGCCCUCUGACGUCAUGCACUACGUCCACAUCUCCCUGGGGUGCGUCCUCCUGCCCGCCCUGGGGCUGACUGGGGUGGUGAUGAACACCCUGGUGACCGUCGUCAUGUGGCGCCACGGUCUGGAGGAGUCGACCCAAAUCUUGAUCCUAACCCUCGCGCUCUCGGAUUUAUUUUUCUCCGCCACUCGCUUGAUCGAACACGCGGAGAAUAUUCUAGAACAGCUGGAUAUUGUAUCGAUGUAUACCUUAGGUACGUUCUACACCACCUACUUAAAACCACUAACUAACUUCUCCAUUGCUACAAGCGCUAAUAUCGUCGCUAUCAUGUCAGUUGAGAGAUUGAUCGCUGUGUGGUUCCCGUUCAAAGCCUCCCGUCUUAUUACAAAUUUCCGUACAAUUCUCGCAAUAAUCUCUACUUUAUUAUUCCUGUUCCCUUGGUACGCUUUAGAUAUCUGGUCAUACGAUAUCAAAUGGUACUUCAUCAGAGAUUACCACAGACCUAUGGCUGUGUAUUAUUUCUCAAAAUUCUACCUCGAACACAGUAACAUGUACUCCAUUUUAAAUUCAAUAAGGAACUCUGUUUUCGUCAUGAUUAUCCCGCCUGGUUCGAUCAUCGUUUCAUCGAUAAUGAUCACAAUUAAAUUAAGUCGAUCUUCAAUCCUUGUGAGACAUAUAUCCUCCAACGCCUACGUGAAAAGAAGCAAAGAUUUAAAAGUUGUCAAAAUGGCCCUCGCCCUAUGUUUCAGUGUUGUGUCGUUGAGGAUUAUUCCAACUUACAUGGUCGCGUUUAUUUACUACAGUACGGUACUACAGAAGAUUCUGCCUGCUAAUGUUGUAGCAUUGAUAGCAUAUGCCCAGCAGGUUUUCUUCCAAGCCAGUGCUUCGGCAAAUCUUGUGGUCUACGUCAGCAUGAGCCCAAAAUUUGCUAAAACUUUAAAAACUUUUAGUUAA